UUCUCGACGAUGGGCACCUUAUAAUAAAAACUGCGCCCAGGGUUUUCGUAGGUUGCUGGACCGAUAUUUGUGUAAGAAAAAAAAUGACUCGCAGGGCAUUUACUCUUUUUCUAUUUCACCUGAAGCCUAAAUCCAUGAUAGAUAAUUGAUGCCCUACUACUUUUUCCCAAUUCCUUCUUUCCUUAAUUCCUAAGGCACUCAAACCCAUUUCACCUAAAUUCCACAGAUAUCGACCUCCUAAUUCUUCUUUUUGUUGUUUAUCAUCCUUUGAACAUGAAGAAUUUCGAGAGCUAGAAAGCUUGGUUGUAUUUUCAUGGAUUUACCUAGUUCAUGGGAUGUUCUUCGGAAACAGGCAAGAAAGCUCGAAGCACAAUUGGAUGAGCAAAUAAAUUUGUAUCGCAAAUUGGUAGCUGCAAAAGGUGAUGUGAAUGAGAAGGAUCUUGAAUCUGGAAUCGACCAUCUGUUAAAACAGCUUCAGCAUGUGAAUUCACAGAUGCAAAUCUGGGUAUCUUCUGGAAGUUCAGAAGUUUUUUCUCAUACUCUGACUCGGCAUCAAGAGAUUCUCCACGAUUUUACUCAGGAAUUUUACCGACUUCGGUCGAGCCUCAGAGCUGCACAGGAGCAUGCAUCACUACUAAAAAAUUAUGGUGUCUCUGAUCAGUCAAAGGGAGAUCUAGAAGAUGGUAGUUCUGCUGAGCAAGCCCUUCUUAGAGAGCAAGCAGCAUUGAGCAGAGGUACAGGACAGAUUGACAAUGUGAUCUCCCAAGCCCAAGCUACUUUUGGUGAGCUCGUUCUUCAGCGCUCAACAUUCAGUGGUAUCAGCUAUAAAAUAAGCAACGUCAGCAGCCGACUCCCUUCUGUAAACCACAUCCUCUCAGCCAUAAAACGACGAAAGUCAAUGGACACUAUCAUUCUUUCCCUUGUGGCAUCAACAUGCACGUUUCUUAUACUUCUCUACUGGCUGUCAAAAUGAGUUGCUUCACCAGGAAAGAAACACACUUGUCCUCAAAAAAGCCUGUAAUUAUAGAUUCUCUUAUUUGUGAUAGAGUUUGGUUUUAACUUGGGUAUCAAUUUCCAUUGUGAUUUAGUGCAUAUUUUUGUCCAUUGUUUACUGUUUCAUGCUCUCUAAUGAUUGAAAAUUUGUCACAGUAUCACAGUACUC